GUAGGAUGGUGCUGUCUGGACUUUCUGUACAGGAGUUGCCUCGGAACAGCUUUCAUUUUGUAAACAGGGACUUUGUUCGUGCUUUUCUGGGUGAUUUGCUUUCUUUGUUGGCACUGUAGUUCUGCCAUUAAAAACCAAGAUUUGUGUGAGCAGUUGGCAGUGGUCCUGGUAUUUUACCGUACCUGCGAAGCUCCAGAGGAUGGAGGUGGGAUGUCUCCGUGUUGGCCUACAGCUGUGCAACCCUUCUGCUUGUGUUUGCCUGCGAGAUGUGCAGGUCUGGCAGCCCAACAAGCUCAGGGGGACAGAAGUCAGAGGAUGGACUGCCUGUGCCCUCCCAGCGUUGCCACUGAGAGCAGCCAGGGCUUGCAUCGCCUCCAAAGUCAGGUGAAGAUGGCUGCUUCUGAGCAGGCCUCCCAGCAUGGAUGGAGAGAAGAGGGGGGACAUCGAUGAUUAAAUACCACUCCGCACCUGCACAACACCUUGAGCUGUCCUGGUGAUUGAGCAGCGAGCAGCAAGCAUGAGCGUGGCAGCACGCGAGCAUGGGCGCCGCCACCCUGUGAUCUGAGCCCCGUCCCUAGCUGACUUCCCGGCCCGCCGGGCGCUGCCCGUCCCGCGCCAUGGAGGACUGCCUUCACACCUCCUCCGAAAACCUGUCCAAGCUGGUGAGCUGGGCCCACAGCCAUGGGACCAUCUGCAGCCUCAUCCCCAACCUCAAGCACCUGCUGUCCGAGGGGGCCCACGGCAACCUGACGGCCAUGUGGGGCUGCAGCGCCGGUCAUGCCUAUCACUGGCCCCUGGCCGCCACGUGCCGGGCGGGCUCACAGGAGCGUGUCUGCUUCCAGGACAGCCGCAGCUUCAACUCGGACAGCCCCAGCAUGCUGGGGGUGCCCUCAGAGGCUCAGGCCAGCCCCUUGGAGCGCUACCCGGGCCGGCCGGGGAAAGCCAAGCUGGACUGCACCCGCACCCGCGACUCCUGCGACUUCUCCUACUGCAGCGAGCCCUCGGAGCUGGGUGAGGCGGUGGAGGAGUACGAGGAUGAGGCCACGCUCUUUGACAUGGUCUGCGAGUCCUCGGUGACUGACGAGGACAGCGACUUCGAGCCUCAUCCCCACCGUGCCCCCAGUGGCCCUCGGAAGCGGCCGCCCCCCGUCCUCCCCGCCGCCGCCCAUGCCCAGCCUGCUGACGAGGGGGGCGGCGAGGUGCUCCUCAAGAAGAUCAAGCAGGAGCUGCCUGAGGACUACUACAUCGUGGCCAACGCCGAGCUGACGGCUGGCGCCGACGGGCCGGCACUGGCCCUCACCCAGAUGUCCAAGCCCAAGCCACCAGCGCAGGCUGGACCCUCUGGCAUGGUUGCCACCAGGACCCUACCCCUGCCUGCUGCUGGCCCAGACCCCGACCCACCACAUCUCUGCUCCUCCCCACCUGGGCCACCCCGGCUCCCUGCUCAGAGGCCACCCCGGGGUGCCCUGGCCUCCCCAGCCCGGGGUACGGCUGGUGGCGUCCCCUCGGCCACCCUGCAGGUGCCUGCCACCAGCUCCAACGCCACUGCCAUGGGGAAGGCCAUCAGCAUCCCGCUAUCAGCCCUGCAGCUGCCCGGGCAGGAGGAGACCCCGGCCACCGAGGAGACCCCACCGCCCGCCCUGCAGUCAGCCCCAGGGGGCGAAGCAGCAGCAUCGCCCUCAGUGAGCACAGAGCCCGAGGUCAGCUCCAGCCAGCAGCAGCCCCCCGCCGCCCCCGCUGCCACCCCUGAGGCAGCAGCGCCAUCGAUGCCAGUAGUUUCCAGAAGGACCACUGAAAAAAUACCCCAAAGGGUAAGCCCUGGCCAGAAGAGCUUUUCAUCUCUACUCCGACAGAUGCAGCAAGACCAGGAUGAAAGAGCAGCAGAGCUCAGCAGGGAGCAGAACGAGAAGACCAUUCGCAGCACACAGACGGCUCUCCGCAAUUUCCGAGAGUUCCUCAUCUCCAAAUAUCCUUCUGAGACCCGAGAGAUCUACGUCAUCCCCUGCAAGGAGCUUGAUGCCUACCUUGCGUCCUUCUUUGUGGACGCCAGGCAGAAGGAUGGGUCUGAAUACGAGCCGAACAGCCUGGCCAACUACCAGUGUGGGCUGGAGCGGUACCUCAAAGAGCACAGAUAUGGGUACAGCAUUACUAGGGAUAAGGAGUUCAAAAGGUCCCAGGAGGCUCUAAAGCAAAAGCAGAUAGAGCUGAGGUGUAAAGGGAAAGGAAACAAGCCACACAAAUCCAUGAAGCUCACCUUUGCUGAUGAACUUAUCCUGCGCAAACGAGGCUUGUUGAGCCGGUACAAUCCCGAAGGGCUCCUGAACCUUGUCUGGCUGAACAACACCAAGGCCUUCGGGCACUGCACAGGUUUCCAUGGCUCCACCCUCAAGUGGGGAGACAUCCGGCUGCGGGUGACAGAGACAGGGCUGGAGUACCUGGAGUGGAUGGGACCGGACAACGGAGACGUCAGCGCCAAAAGCAAGAGAGGUGGGACGGACUCACGGGUGUACGCCACCCAGCACUCGCCGCAGACCUGCCCGGUGCAAGACUACAAGGAGUACGCCCAGAGGCGGCCGCCAGCCAUGCGCUACGAGGACGCGCCGUUUUACCUCUCCAUCAAACCCGUCGUCAACUUGGCUGCUCUUCACUGGUACAACUGCCAAGCCCUGGGGAAAAACAAGCUGGCCAAGAUGGUAAAGACGAUGUGCGAGAAGGGCAACAUCCCCGGCAGGAAGACCAACUUCAGCGUCUACCAGAGCUGUAGCACGUUGUCGGAAGCGCAGAGCAACCAGCUCGUGCUGAUCUGCAAUAACUUGAGCCAGCAGGCUGCCCAGUCCAUGGCAAGCCACUCCAAUACUGGCAACUUCAUCGUGUCAGCAUCCUAUGACUCUUCCUCUGACACAGCUUGAAGAGGGAUAGAACCUGGACAGAUUUUUCUUUUCCAUUUUGUUUCAAGCGUUGAAUUUGUGCCCAAUAAUACGCAUCAACUGUGAUUGUACACUACUCCCCCAUAGCCCUCUCUCCAGUGUUAAUUCACUUUAUAAAAAUAUAUAAAUAUAUAAUAUAUUUUUCUUUUUACAAAUAAGUCAAUAGAAAUAGUUUAGUAUUACUAACAUAGUAUUUAUAGUGUUAAUACAAAAAUGAAAGUUACUUAUGGGUUAUAAUAUAAUUGCAGAUUUAAAAAGGACAAAAGUGGUUCUCAGGCAACACAAGAUAGACUGGAAAUACCAUUUUUAACAUGCACACAUCGGUGACUGUAAAUCCCCAGGGAGGCUUAUGUAGCAAUUCUAUUUUAAAGCAUUUUUUUGACUUCUUGUUUUAACAUGGCCUCCUAGAGUAGAGGAGACAAACUUAUCACUGGCUGCUGCUCCUUACCUGCUGGCUUGUUCUUGAUCAGCAAGACAAGGAAAUAAGAGAUACAACAGUGCAAGUUUGUGAAUGCAUUAACAACAGUUUUUACCUUUUUUUUUAUUAUUAUUUUGUUUCCUGAGGCUUUAUGCCUGAUGGAAAAGAAAAAUCCUGAAGUCAGCUAAAAGCUAUUUUUAGCUUUUAUUUUUGUUGAUGAUUUUUUUGUGAUCAAAAUGUCACUGGUCUUUAGACUAAAAGGUAUUAUUUUCAACAAUAAGCAGAAGUACAAUGGCAAAAGCAGUCGUACAAAUAAUUUUCUCUUUAAGCACUGGUCAUUAGCAUUUUGUCACUGUGUAUACUUAAUGUAAAAUCUACUGACUUGGAGCCACUCUUUCAGUAUUCUGGGGAAUGCAACAGUUCAGAAAAAUCCAUAAUCUUAUUUCAAACUAUACAGAGAAAAUGCAUUAAAUAUGUCUUAAGCCAUCACUUGAAAUCCACAAAAACUAACAUAGGAAGUGUAAGGAUAGUUUGAUAUUUACUUCAGAGAAUGAAAAGCUGAAUAGUUUUAAGCACUGGAAAACAAUUUGAAGUCACCUACACAUAAUCUAUUUCCACUGCAGACAAUGGAAAAUGUGUGCUUGACUCUGAAGGUAGAAUUUGGUCCUUAAAGCCUUGAAAUGACAAAUGCUAUUGUCCCAACAUUUGACUUCACAACAUAACUGUCUUCUACAUAACAGGAAAAACACUAACAAAUAUUUCGGUGAACCAUUAUAGUUCUUGACCUUUAAAUUGACGUAGAGUACCUCUCAAGUAAUUCACCCGAGCUUACUCAAUAUUUCAGAUGGAAAUGUGCCACCGGGAUAUUCUAGAGAUGUGAUGAGUCUGUAGACAAGUCCGCCGAGGUGUCCUGGUGUCCCCUGAAAUCCGUGAAGGACUCAGCCUCACCUGACUUCCCAUGGAUGUUGGGUGGGUCAAGCUGUUACUGAGGACUUGUUUUGGUUUUGCUUUUCCGUUCCCUUACGCUUGUUCGCUUUCAUUCCUUUACAUUCCUUCAUACCCUUUACAUUCUCUAAAUCUGCAGCAAUGCAGUGACUUUAUUCAUAACUUAUUCCGAAGAAAGGGUGAAACACAAGCAGCAGAAAGAAGUGAAAAUAACCCACCUGGUGCCAUGUAGCACUUGUGUUUGGUGCUGCCAGGAUGAAACAUUCCUGUGUGUGAAGGAGGCGGCAGGCUGCCCGCACCUCACAUAAGCCUUACUGAAGGUCCAUUUUGGGCAGGGGUGGGUAGCAGGUGGUCCACGGAAGGUCUAAGAACAGAGAUUUCCUCUCUAAAAAGCAUCUGGCCUCCCAGCCAGCUCGGUGCAGGUUAUACAGCUGGACUCAGGCCCCAGUGUGCUCCACACAUAGCUGAGCUUGGUGACCAGGUUGUCAUCGGCCUGGCCUUUUGCAGGGGUGUUUUUGCACAGUCCGUGGGAUCUUGUUGCCCUUGAGGACAAGGACUUGGGCAGCUGGUCUUGGUUGGUGCUGGGUGCCAUGCCAAGGCACUCGCUGGUGGUGCCAGCUGAGGGGCCCAGCUGCUCGGAUAGGUUUUGCUCUCAGCUCCCUCACAUCGGUGCUCAUCUCAGCGCUUGAGCUUGAAGGGGAAAGAAGCCACCCCAUGGCGUGGCUGUCCCGUGUCGCUCCUCAAGCCCCACAAAGCAUGAAACCAGACUUUACAACCAGAUUUUGGCUUCUCAGCUCCACAUAUUGUCGGAGUUGUUUUAUACAGUAUUAGGGUGGCUCAUGUUAGUGCCUCGUUGUGCUGAGGCAAUGUCUCUGGUAACCUCGGCCUUGCAGGGCGUGUUGGCAGCUUUUGUGUCUGGUUGGGUGACAAGGUGUGGGGUACGUGUGCUUGUGGCAGGAGCCUUGGUGUCACAGGGGAAUGUGUUUUCGGCUUCAUGGUAUCUGAACUAACUCCGGCCUCCAGCUGAUGCUGGUGGCAGAUCGCCUGCUGAAUUCUGACCGGGCGGCCCCAAACAGACUUCUUGUUGAAGCAGUUAAAGACAUAGGGCCAGAAUAUGAUACCCAAGUAGCAUCAUACUCCCGGAAUAGAUACAUUAGAUUUGAAGGGCAUUUAGCACAACAUGCUACCCGGUCUUCGCGUGUUGCAAGGAGCUGAGUGACGACGGCCUAAUGAAUUGCCGUCUGUAUUAAGCCCCACGGGGAGGGCGACUUCUGAUUUGGACCACUGCCAUGGCUUUGUCUCUGGUUGGCAGGAGUGUAGGUGUCCCGGCUGCUGUGCUGCUGCUGACAGAUGACAGUUCAUUUGCUUGUAAUUGUCUCCCCAUGCUCUGAGGGUGUCAAAACCUGCUCCACCAGUACGGUAGCUACACGCUUACCACAGUGCUGUGGCUCUUCCUGGUGAAAAGCCAUAGCAGCAUGGUAAGGGGGUGGUGCUGCACUCUUAUAGGCCUUCCCCUCUGCAUAAGCAAAGGACUGUGGUGCCCUACCGUGGCUUCUGGUUCCUCUCACUAUGAAAUCAAAAGAGCAGCUUGCUACACACUGCCCUGCUCCUCCCUGGCUGGCAGGGUCGGUCGCUGAGAUGUGCUGCACGUGGCUGGUGGUGCUCCUGGCUAAAUCCUGCUCCUAUAUAAAAGCUGAAUUUGGGCCCCACAGUACGGGCUGUGGUUUUCACAAUAUGGGGUAGCUGUCUCCAAAAUGGGGCUCUGCUUUCUCCUUCCUCUUGCCCUUCCUUUUUUUUUUUUUUUUUUUUUCUGCCAUUCACUUGUCUUUGAUCUGGCGUUAGAUCUCUUCAGUGAGUCAUUUCAGCUAGCUAGUCCAGCAGGAAAUAUAGCACAGAGAAGGGGAAUGCACAUAGUUUUCUGACGGAUUACCAAGUUGGGUCUGCUCAAAAAUUAAUGUUCAGAGCCAGCAGGAGAGACGGGAAGACUUUCUCUGUCAGUAUCAUUCAUUAGACUGCGGGUACUGCAGCUUUAGAAACCCAACAAAGGGAUAACGCAGAUGGAGAGCCGUCUGUAUGGUCUGCAGACGUGUUGGUUGCCUUCAGAGCCAUCUACCAGCUCUUGAGGGAUGCGAUCAGUGCUACCAAGAGCGCAGCUUAGUCUUGUACUCUCUGCGUCCCCUAGGAAAGAGGCAGAGUGACGAUGUGAAGGCCUGCAGGCUGCGUGCAUGGGUCUGUGCUGGUUUUACUGCUGUCCUUCCCAAGUGGCCUGCUCGUGGCACUGAGCCGGGGGUCAGGGAUUGUGGGGGUGACACACGGGCACUGCUGCCUUCAUCUGGAUGCGGCUGGGCACAGCGCUUGUGCGUGGGUCCACUCGCGUGGUUGCACGUUUAGCUGGGAAGAGCUGACGGCAGGCUUCAGCUCGGUUUUAUUAACAGCUCGUGCAUGUGUUUAUGGUACUGUGGGUUUGCACAAUGUAAUUCUAUCCAUGCCAGUAGUUGGGACUGAAACCCGUGAUGUCUGGGCGUUGCAAACGGCCUGUUUAAUUUUCAAAUACAAAUUUAUGCAACAAAAUGCUUUUUUUUUUAAGUGUAGGGGAAUGAAAUACUGUUGCAGAUUGCCUUGUAGACUAAAUUACAAGGCACAUCUAAAGCAACAGCACAUACCUUGUUCAUUUACAUAGUGCAAUAAUUCUGUGAUAGCACCCAUGCUAUUGAAAAAUAGGACAAUCUAACGAUGGAAAUAGUGUCCCUGAUGCACAUUCUCCUUUGUGAAGAAUAUCAACACUUUCAAGCUAUUUUGUGUUUUUACUUUUAGAAGCUGCUGGUCACUGGUAUUCAGUCUAUAGUGUAGUUGCCCUCUUAUUUCUCUUAGAAAGGUGAGUAGAAAAAGAGAUUCAAGCAGCAGGUUGUACUGCUGCGUGUGCUGUUCUCGCACAUUUGUGGCUGCAUCUCCCACCACUGCGGUGCGAAGGUGCAGAGCAAGAGGAGUAGGUAUCGUGUCACUCGGAGCCUGGGCUGCCCCGAGGACGGGGGCAGCCUUAAAGGAAACCAAAAUUCCUGUUGCACUAGGCUUCCUUCCUGCCCAGUUCGUAUUUUACCCUUUUUCCCUCCUGUAAGUGCAUUGACUGACGUGACUGGCAGGCGUGGUGCAUGGGCUGAUUAUUCCUCCUGACCAUGCACUGCACGCGACUGCGACUGACUGACUGGUCUCCCCCAUCCCCGACGUCCCUUUCUCCGUCCCUCCGUCCCUCCACUGUUCCCCUCUCCCAGCGUUUGUGACACUAGGGGAAGGGGACUGCUCAGUGCAGGGCAGCUCCUGGCCCGCAGUUCCCUCCCUGCUACCAAGUGACCUUGUGCUUUGGGGAUAAUGCGCUCAGGGCAGGCUGCCUCGCUUCGGGUACGCGUGGUAGGUGGGAUACCGCACACCAGCACUCCGCAGCCCGGCGUCUCUCCUCUCUGGACACUCUUCUCUGCUUUCUGUGGGAGUGCUUUCAGAUCGCAGAGUGAGGUGACAUUCAGCGGUGUGUCGAGGGCCAGCCCCACGGUGGUGCGCUGCUUGGCCUCCGCUGAGAUCCUUGAAGAGGAGCGAGGUGACCGCUCGAAAAUCAAUUCAUUUUAGGUGGUGCAGGUGAAGGGGAAGUGGGACCUCCCUGGAGCUCUCAAAGGCCGCGUGAAUGUAUGGGGAGGAGGAGUGCGGACGGGACACAGAGCUGUGGUUUGAUUUGCCUGAAAUGAGCCAAUUCACGCCUCCGUGUGAGGCUAGAGGGGGAUUCAGCUGCGCGCUGUCACGUGCAGCUGGCAGUGGAUCUGCACUUUUUAACCAGGAUUCUUUGUUAGACAUUUGUGUGCCGAGGUGGUUGUUUUACCUAACGUGAGUUGCUGUCCUUGUUCUUAAGAGAGGGGAUGUUUUUUUUGUUUUUGUUUUUGUUUUUGUUUUCCUUUUAUUUCCAUGCUUUUGUGUAUGUGCUGAAUCCGUAUGCCCUGCCGAGGAAGAGCGUGGGGAGGAGGCAGGCCACCACGAGGAUUGUCUACCUUCACCGCAGAAGAACUCGGACUGCGCUUCCUGGUGAUGGUCCCCAUGUGCCCGGCCUGCCUCGCUGGCCAGGAGCAGUGCCACCUCGUCUGCUGCCUCCCAGCACACCUGCUGGCUCCGCACACUGCGCCACUCUCCGAAAACCAGGAGCCCUGGGCCAGCUGGACGCGGCCACCCAGACCGUGUUGGUGAUCCGUGCAAGGGAAGGCUCUGAGCACAGCUACACGAUGGCCCCAGCCCCGUGGUGCGUGAUGGACGGUGUGUGACUGACACACAAGGCUGUGCCAAACCUCCUCGAAGGGUUUGGAAAGCUGGGUGGCCGAUGGGGACGCGGAGGCUGGUUCUCCCCUCUGCUCCAUGGCUUUUGCAGCUGGUGGUGAUGUCCUUCGGAGGAAAAGCUGCGUGUCCCAGAGCUGCCAGCCUCAUCCUCCUCGCUGGAUGGCCUCUGGCGAGGCCCUGCAGAGCUCCAGCACCUCGUCUCUUCCCAAAACCAGCAGAGAGGCAUUUACAGCGGCAGAGUCACAAAGCUCCAGGGCUUAGGGGCGUCUGCGAGCUUGUUGGAAAGUUUGACAAGAGCCAUUCACUGGAACAUGUUCAAAGCAGUGGGAAUGUCUAAAGCUUUAACUCCUAAUCUGAUGGGGAAAAAAAAUGUGUUUGGCCCAAAAUUUGCUUGUUACGUGAACUGAUGGGUUUUAACAUAGUCUCUAGAGUCUGUGUCUCAAGGGAGGAAUUUAUUUUCUCUGUUUUCUCACUGAAUUGGUAAAUGUUGGUUGGUAAUACGGACGAAAUUCUGUUUGUUUUGUUAUGAAAACGCCAUUAAAUGAGCUGUCUGUGCGUUGGAAAUGGACUCACUGUUUCAAAGGGAUUAGGACACUUCUACCUAAUCUUCUACUCUGGUGCUUGGUAUUCAAUACACGGCAGUCACUAGCGUCUGAAAAAAUCAGCACCUUUUCCGAUUCUCAUUUGAUCUCUUGUAAUUAAUGGAAGAUUCACAGCGUUUGGGAUUUUUUAAGAGACGGGUGAGGUAGGUGCUAGCAUCAAAAUUCAGCAGGGUAGAGUUUCAGUGGGAACGGGGAGAGGUGUUUAGCUCUUUCACACUGCUUGGGGAAUUCCAGCCUUUGGGCAUUUUGGCUAGCACUGUUUUAUACAGUCCAUAAAUGUCAAGCAAAUAACCAAACAGCCACACAAGGGGAAAAGAAUCAAGAAAAUACAAAAUGUUUUGGACAAAAGCAUUGUGUUGGAAAAAUAAAACAUCAAUGUUAAUUUUACAGACACUCUCUCUGCCAUUUCAGCUGUUCUUUUUGUGAGCAGAGAAGACUUUCUAGCAUUCCUCGCUGCUAAAAUCUGAUCUGCUGUCUGAAGGUUGUAAUGCUGCUGAGAUUGUCCUCUGCAUCGUUAUAGCAUGCUCCCAGAUGGCCUCAGUCAUGGGUAGCCUGUAGUCCUGGGUCUGCUCCUGCCAAAAUUCCCCCUUCCCUUCUUUAAUAUCAAGCAUUUAAUGCCCUUGCUUAUGGUUCAGGUCCUGCAUCAAGACUGGGCUACUCUGCACAGGGCUGGGAUGGAGUGGGGUGGGUGGGAAACACAGGUGCAGAAGUAUUCAUGGCACUCCAAGAUAUGCAGGCAAAUCGAGGCAUGAAAUGUGUUAAAAAAGAAAAAGCCUGAAAAGCUGGCACGGGGAGAAGAGGUGGGAACCUGACAGCAGCACCUGCGACCUGGUGGUGCUGUGGCUGGACAGGACCCAUAGAUCUGCGUGUCUCGGGGUCAUCCUGAGACCUGCCAGAGCAGACCACGUUACUCGAGACAGAAAAUGGCAGGAUAUCUAAGUGGGAAAGGCAGUGGGAAAGCCUGGAAAAUGCAAUAAAAGUUUCUCUUUUUUUUUUUUUUUUCUGAGGAAGGCAAGCAUAAUCCUCAUCUUUAAGCUGUCCUUUAAUAUCCUACUUUGUUUUACACUGGAAUUAGAAAAGCAUUUCCAUUUGUUUUAAUUAUCUGCUGACUUUAAUUCUGCCUUUGAACAAUAUUUUUGCUAUGACAACCCUUGCUAUCAUGGUGAGCGGUGCUAGGGGAAAAAAAAAAAAAAAAAGUAAGGCUUUUAUCUUUCCCUGCAUGCAAUGUUUAAUCUUUCUAAUCUUUUAAUGUGAAUGUGUUUUCUCCCAUUUUGAGAAUUGACAAGAUUAGUACUGUUUCUCCCAAAACAGCCAUUCAAAAACGUGUUUUGCUCAAACCUGACCAACACAACCUGUAACCACCACGUAGCACGGUCUGGGAUUUCUCCUUGGUGGCCAACCUGUCCAUUCUCAGAGCUGAACCUGUCCCUGCGGCUAACUUCCAUGUACUGACUUUUGUAACUGCCUGAACUAUAAGGACAACUCAGCUUUUUUUUUAAGAAAAGUUUGUAAAAAGGUAGUUUUUUGUUAAUUCUUUAGUUUUGUUUUAUAAAAUAAUAAUAAUAAUUAAAAAAAAAGUAUUUGUUAAAAGAUUCACUGUUUUGCCAAAUAAUAAUAAUAAUAAUAUUUCUAUGCAUCGUGUGAUUCUGUGAUGUUGCCGUUGAGGUUUUGCAUGUUUUCUAGGCGUUCUGACAUCUGUGCAUUUAUGUGGUACUUGUAGAAAUGCUUAACCAUUGCUGCUAUAAUCACCCCCGUUGUAGUUAACUGAAAACUGUGCUGAGGAGCUGUGCCAGUUGACAGAUUUUUUUGUGUGUGUGUGUGUCACGGUAAAACUCCGCGUUCUGCUGUUCGUUCCCUGUUUUAAGCCAGUAUUUUGUGCCUUCUGUAGAAGGAAAUCAGUAUGUUUGUGGUAGACAGGAGGUGCCAAACUUCUAGUGUCUUGUUCUGAACAGAUGAUCACUUAUCAGCUUGACGCAUUAAAAAAAAAAAAAAAAAAAAAAAAAA